AUGGAGCAUGGUAACCUGAAUAAAGCUACUAGCAGCUUUCAAGUAAGCAGUUCUUCAAUUUGGAGAGAUGCAAGUGGCGUUUUUUCUAGGAACUCAUUUGAAGAAGAUGAUGAAGAAGCUCUGAAAUGGGCUGCACUUGAAAAACUCCCUACAUACAAUCGUUUAAAGAAAGGGUUGUUAAUUACAUCCAAUGGUGAGGUGAAUGAAAUUGAUGUCACUGAUAUUGGAGCACAGGAAAGGAAGCACGUGUUGGAGAGGUUGGUAAGAGAUGCUGAAGAGGACAAUGAAAAGUUUCUGUUGAAGCUGAGGGAAAGAAUUGAUAGAGUUGGGAUUAGUAUUCCAACAAUUGAAGCUAGGUUUGAGCAUCUGAAUGUUGAAGCAGAAGCUUAUGUUGGCAGCAGAGCCUUACCGACAGUCUUGAACUUCAUUUUUAAUACAGUAGAGCUUGAUCCAGAUCUGAAGGUUUCUGGGAGAGUGACUUAUAAUGGGCAUGGGAUGAAUGAAUUUGUACCCCAGAGAACUGCUUCCUAUAUUAGUCAGCAUGAUGUUCAUAUUGGAGAAAUGACUGUUAGGGAAACCUUUGCUUUCUCUGCAAGGUGCCAAGGGGUUGGAUCACGUUAUGACUUGCUAUCUGAACUGUCAAGAAGAGAGAUAGCAGCGAAUAUUAAGCCUGACCCUAUUAUUGAUAUCUACAUGAAGUUCAUGGAUAUUUUGAUUAUAAAGGCAACAGCAUCUGAAAGCCAGGAAGCAAAUCAAAUGAUGACAGAAUAUGUACUUAAGAUUUUGGGGCUCGAAAUAUGUGCUGAUAUUGUGGUGGGGGAUCAAAUGUUGCGUGGUAUAUCUGGUGGACAAAGGAAGCGUGUUACCGCAGGUGGGGAGAUGUUGGUUGGCCCAACAAAUGCUUUGUUCAUGGAUGAAAUAUCUUCUGGCUUGGACAGCUCCACAACUGUUCAAAUUAUCAAGUGUCUUAGACAAAUUGUUCACAUUUUAGAUGGAACAGCAGUUAUCUCACUAUUGCAACCAGAACCAGAGACAUAUGAACUUUUUGAUGACAUUAUCCUCCUCUCUGAUGGCCAAAUAGUAUAUCAAGGACCUCGUGAAUUCGUUCUUGAAUUUUUUGAAUCUAUGGGUUUCAGAUGUCCUGAGAGGAAAGCCGUUGCUGACUUCCUUCAAGAAGUGACUUCAAGGAAGGAUCAACAGCAAUACUGGAUACACAAAGAUGAGCCAUACAGUUUUGUUACAGUUAACGAAUUUGCCAAGGCAUUUCAAUGCUUCCAUGUUGGUAGGGAACUUAGAGAUGAGCUAGCUGUUCCAUUUGAUAAGACAAAGAACCACCCAGCUGCAUUAACAACCAACAAGUACGGGGUAAACAAGAAGGAGCUUUUGAAAGCUAACUUCUCUAGGGAGUAUUUGCUGAUGAAGAGGAAUGCGUUUCUCGCAGUGAUGGCAGUGGUAGCAAUGACAGUAUUCCUGCGAACUGAGAUGCUCAAGGAUUCUGUGGAUAACGGGGGAGUUUACACUGGUGCACUUUUUUUCUCUAUAGUAAUGGUGUUGUUUAAUGGGAUGGCCGAUAUUUCUAUGAAUGUAGCGAAGCUUCCUAUAUUUUACAAGCAAAGGGACCUCCUAUUUUACCCUCCAUGGGCUUAUGCUAUUCCCAGCUGGAUUCUUAAAAUCCCUAUUACAUUGGCUGAAGUAGUUGUCUGGGUAUCUAUCACCUACUAUGCAGUUGGGUUUGAUCCAAGUAUUGGCAGGUAA